UUGACUCACCAACGCUCGUCUCCCGUCCACAUAGUCACCUAAAGUCACUCGGAGGAAACAAACGAUCCGAAAGUCAAAGCGCGACUUUUCUGGUGCACAUCCAGAUCGCGCCUAUCUGCGCCCGGCAGACGCAGCGCUGCCUCUUGUUCCAAGACUAAUUUAAGACAGCGGCUUUUGAAACCCUGUGCUGGCUGCGCUGAGACUGGUUCUCCGGAACGCGGAGAUUAUCAAAUCCAAGCUGAAUGGUUGAAUGGCAGAUUUGAAUCACUGAACCAAGGCAUUUUGUGUGAUUUAUCGGACACCGAGGCAAGCUCGAAGUGGAUUUUUCUUUUUUUUUUUUUUUACCUUUUAUUAUAUUCUAGCAUGGAAACCGCGGGCGACUCGUGCGGAGAGAGCAAGCCGGUGUGUCAGUGUGCGCCCAGGUCCGCGGUCCAGCGGUGGCUGCCAGGUUUUCCUCUGGUGCUGUGUUUGCUGUUGUCCCUGAGCUCCACCGUGGUGUGUCUCCUAAUGACCUACAAGAGCUUCCAGCUGGAGAGCCGAGUGCAGAUGGAAAUGGACAAAGUGUCCAUCUUCCAGCCCCCGCACGGUGCUUUCCUCAACGAGGACGGGACCCUCAGUUCUGAGUUGGGCACUUCUAUCGGAAAGCUCGUGCAGGAGAAACUGGCACUUCUUAUGCCCAAGCAACGGACAGCGAGGGAUGUCGGCCAGGAAUGCUCCUGCCCUCCAGGACCUCCUGGAAAACGUGGAAGAAUGGGAAGAAGAGGCGAUCCCGGACCUCCUGGCAAGGCUGGACGGGAUGGAUACCCGGGUCCACUUGGGUUAGAUGGCAAACCAGGUUUACCGGGUCCCAAGGGAAGCCAGGUAUGUCCAGGGCCCAAGGGAGACAAGGGUGACCAGGGAGACAUUGGGCCAAGGAUGGUCUUUCCUCGCUAUGACCACGGCUUUCUCUCUGGCGACCAGUCCGGCAGCUUUCAGAGACGUUUUCUGAAGGGCGACCAAGGCCAGGCUGGACCCCCAGGCCCCCCUGGCCUUCCUGGUUCCCCAGGACCCAGAGGACCCCCGGGGAACACCGGCAAGGAUGGGCCACGUGGCCCGGCUGGAGAACCGGGAUUUCGAGGCCAUGACGGUGUUGAGGGACCUGCAGGUUUGCCUGGAAAGCCGGGAGAAGACGGCGAGCCAGGCUAUCCAGGACCCCAGGGACCUCCAGGGCCAAAGGGUGAAGCAGGCAGUGGAGAGAAAGGAGAGAGAGGCACAGAUGGAGUCCCCGGAUUAAACGGAGAAAAGGGGGAUGUGGGAGAGCAAGGUCCCCAUGGAGCCAUGGGUUAUCCCGGUGAGAAGGGCGCCCAAGGCUCCUCAGACAUCAUUGACUUCAAUGGGAAGCUUCUAGAUGCUUUCAAGGCUAUCAACACCAUCAGUAUCUCGGGUCAACCUGGCCCACCAGGCCUACCUGGACCCCCAGGCCUACCAGGGGAAAAGGGUGAGCUUGGUUUGCCUGGGCCAUCUGGAGUGGAUGGACAUAAGGGACCCAAAGGUGACAUGGGUGAGACAGGACCAGUUGGAGAAAGAGGGGAAAAGGGAGAGAUGGGUCUUUCUGGGCCUGCUGGGAUGGAUGGGCAGAAAGGAGAGAAAGGCGACUGCAGACUGGAAGAUAACCUGGUUCAGAUGAUCUCCCAGCCAGGCCCACCUGGCCCACCAGGUCCUCCCGGGCCUCCAGGAUUCAUGGGACAUCAUGGAAUGCCAGGUCCCAAGGGUGAGCCUGGAGAUGGGGAGAAAGGAGAAAAGGGAGACGCUGGUGUUUCUGGUCUCAGGGGAUUGGAUGGCCCUCAGGGUCCCCCUGGCCCCACAGGAUUAGUGGGGCUUCCAGGCGCCAAGGGAGAAAAGGGUAAAUUGGGGGAGCCUGGAAUGGAUGGUUUCCCAGGUCUGACCGGAGAGAAAGGUGACCGGGGAGAAAGAGGAGAGAAGGGGGACAGGGGAACAGUGGGAAAAAGAGGUUUGAAGGGCCAGAAAGGAGAGCAGGGGCCCCCGGGCCUGGACCAGCCUUGUCCUGUGGGUUGUGACAGACUAAAAGGUCUGUCUGAGGAGGCACAGCUCUCUUCCCCUCCAUCUCCUCCUCUCCCUCCUUCUGGCCCUGAGGCCCCCUGUCCUGUGGGACAAGAUGGCUUGCCCAUACCAGGCUGCUGGCACAAGGAGGAGAUGACGAGGCUGAAGCUCAAACGCAAGCGUCUCUCUCAGCCCUGAUGGACGCGACAGCCCGGGAGACAAAAGGGACGUAGGCAGACAAGAGAGCCAGACCGGACAGAGAGCAUUGGGGGCGGACUGCCCUGUGCGAAGCGGAGCAAGCCAUUGAACGCCUGCAUGUAAUACUGAACACUCAGAUCCUC